AUGGUCGUCCGCGUCCGUCUCAAUCUUCCACAACGCUUCGCUCAGACUCGUCUUACUUCGAGCUGUAUAACCCUACUUGGCAAAGUGUGGUGGCCGUCGUCUCGAUACGGUCUGCCAUCUCAACAUGUCUGCAUCACGAUUGUCUGUGCGAUAUUGAGUGUCUUGUGUAUGACUUCAUCCAUUCCCCAUCCAAGAAAAAAAACCAGCCACACGGCGUUGGUGGACGGAUCUUGGGUUCGUUCAUCCAUCGUCAAUAGCCGACGUGCCUCGUCGCCCGGCUCCGACGUCUUGGCCGGAUCCCGAUCGGCGUCAUGGUAUGGACAUCGCUUGAAGUUUGCCAAGAUGUUAUGGGCAACGAUUGGCGCCAUGACAUCCCCUCAACAACUUUGA